AACUGCCACUCCCUAUUCUCUACGCUUUGGAGAAGGCUAAGCGCUGCAUCAACAGAGUGGACAUCCUCUAGCAGGCGCCCAACAGUCUUUGGUGCGUCUUUGAGCUGCUGUAGGUCAUUUAGAAGUAGUCGUACGCCUUCUAAGGCUGGCGCAGUGAUGCCCACGACUGCGGCUGCAAUGCUAAGUGGGUCGGCCAUUGUGGGUCUGACGGCGAUUGAGGAAUCAGCAAGGGUAGAAAUGCUGAAGUAGAAGUCAGACUUAGGGGGAAAGAGGAUAGAGCAAAGCUUGUUAGCUGACAGAAUUUGUAUGAGGGGAAGCUGGGGCUGAGAGCCGAGAGCUGAUCACAUGAGGCUGGGUACGACUGGACUGUUACUACAGACAGCCUACUCGACUAUCGCAUACCUUACAGCUACACUAUGGCGCUAACGGCAUCCUUUGGCGAUAUGAACUAUGGCGUCGAGGCCGGCAUUAUUAAUGGUGAUGUAAACCCUAUGAUCAACCUUCCGCCUGAGCGACGCGAAACUCCACCACAGCCAUCCAUCGUGAUACCUUUCUCCCGAGACGCAGAUUUUGUCGACAGAGGCACACUGCUCGACGAGUUCCGUGAGCGAUGCACGCAGCCAAAUGCAAGGAUAGCGCUCGUCGGACUGGGCGGGGUAGGUAAGUCACAGCUAGCGAUCGAGCAUGCCUACCGCACGCGCGAGCAGUCGUCAGAAACAUGGGUGUUAUGGGCCCACGCUAGCAACGCCGCCCGGCUGGAGCAGAGCUUUUACGAUAUUGCCGACCGCGUCAGGAUUGUAGGACGUCAAGAUUCGCAAGCCAACAUCUUCAAACUGGUGCACGACUGGCUGUGCGACAGCAAGCAGCCAUGGCUGCUCGUGCUAGACAACGUGGACGAUGCCAGCUUUCUACUCGAGGCCCAACCUGCCAGCUCCAAGACCGCAGCUAGACCGCUGCGCGAGUACCUCCCCCACUGCGAGCACGGCUCGAUGCUUAUCACAUCGAGAAGCAAAGAAGCAGCGAGGAAGCUGGUAGAGCAGCGCGACAUCAUCACGCUGGGCCCGAUGGAUGAGGCGCAGUCGCUGGCGCUGCUUGGAAAGAAGCAGGGAGUGCAACCGGACAAGAGCAAUGAUGCUGAGCUGCCGGAGCUGGCGGAGCUGGCUGCAGCGCUCGAGUACAUACCGCUCGCUAUUACACAGGCUGCUGCAUAUAUCGUGCGAAGCGCACCUCGUUGCUCAGUGGCACGGUACCUAGAAGAAUUUAGGCGCAGCGACGGCGGAAUGACAAGCCUGCUAAACCACGAAGCAGGACAUCUUCGAAGAGACAAAGAGGCUAAAAACUCCAUCAUUAUUACAUGGCAAAUAUCAUUCGAGCACUUGCGACGAUAUAAACCGUCAGCAGCUGAGCUGCUCUCACUAAUGAGCUUCUUCGACCGGCAGGGAAUUCCAGAAUCACUCAUCCGCGGCGGCCAAGAAGCCCAGCGACAGCACAAAGAAAGCGAUGGCGAUGACAAUAGCGAUGGGAGGAAAUUUGAGAACGACAUAGCGGCGCUGCGCGAUCUCUGCCUUAUCUCUAUUAAUACAGAUCACGCUACUUUCGAAAUGCACAGUCUCGUGCAGCUUGCAACAAGGAGAUGGCUUUUUGCAAACGGCAAACUUGAGCAAUGGAAGCAGGUGUUUAUCACUAGCCUUUGCGCAGCGUUCCCGACAGGAAAGUAUGAGAACUGGGCAGCCUGUCAAGCGCUGUUCGCACACGCUAAGGCGGCAGCUGGCCAGAAGCCAGAAGCGACAUCCUCGCUAAUAGAGUGGGCUACGCUACUAUAUCGUGCAGCAUGGUAUGCAAAGAGCAAAGGAAGCGCAGCAGAAGCAGAAAGCCUAGCAAUACAGUCAAUGAAGGUACGAAAGAUGGUCUUAGGGCGAGAGCAUGAGGACACAGUAUGGAGCAUUGCAAUGGUGGCACAUGCUUACUCACUUAGUGGACGAUGGGACGCGGCUGGAAAGCUGAGGGCGCAAGUAAUGGAGACGAGCAAGAAGAAACUAGGAGCAGACCAUCCUUACACGCUGACCAGCAUGGCUGAUCUGGCGUCGACUUACCGGAAGCAAGGGCGGUGGGAUGCAGCAGAGGAGCUGGAGGUGCAAAAACUGGGAGCGGACCAUCCUUCCACGCUGAGCAGCAUGGGUAAUCUGGCGUCGACUCUUCGGAAUCAAGGGCGGUGGGAUGCAGCAGAGGAGCUGGAGGUGCAGGUCAUGGAGACGAGCAAGAAGAAACUGGGAGCAAACCAUCCAGACACGCUGACCAGCAUGGCUAAUCUUGCUUGGACAUGGAAAAGCUUAGAGAGAAGUGCUGAAGCUAUAGGCUUGCUGCAGGAGUGCGUUCAUCUUCGAUGUCAGACUCUUCGAGCAGGGCAUCCUGAUCUGGUAUUUUCUCAGGAAACCUUAGCUGAAUGGGAAGCAGAGCAAGCAGGUAGAAGUCUUGCGAUAAGUUCAUAA